AACACCCAAAACUAUUUUUUCCAUGUAAUUCUCUCUUUAAAAUAAAACUUGAAUUCAGACAAAUUACUGUAUCUCAUGAGAAUUGCAUUUGCUUGAUGAGGGGUUGUUUCUCCCUGCUUUCAUCCCCGGGUGGAUGGCAUUGGCUUCAGAAGAUCCUAGGCCCCUCCUGAGUGCUUUAGUACAAAUCACAUCAGAUUCCAUGUUUGGAGCCCUUUCUUCAAAAUUAUUUAGACCUAAAUGUCAUAGGUCCAAAUACAAAACACAAAACUACAUAGCUCAAGUAUAUUUGGUGUUGUCUCCAAGUAUUUUCUGUUGUCAGGAGCAGCCAAGUGCAGCGAAAACAGACUAAGCUGGGACCAAAGUAAAAGAAAUAGUUCCUCUACCUUCCUUAUUUUGAUACUCUAAAAUUAAUACUAACUUUUAAUGUUGUUUUCUAGCUUCAAUUUCCAUAGCUUCAUUCUUUGUAAUGCUUGUGCAUCUGAUUGUGGUUUUUUAUUUAUCUUGUGCUGAAGUUUUAAUGCGUUUUAAAAUGUCACUUCAUAGAUGAAAAUCUUCUCAAGCUGAUCUCUUUGCUACUUUUGGAAGCUAUACAGCCAUCAGCUACUUGGCUGUUCUGCAUGCUACUACUGAAGAGUCUAGGAUAUUUUGCAACAAGGUGUUGGAGAACUGCCUCAUAAGUUACACUGAGUUCUUGAAUGCCCAGAGUCCUGACCAGUCUGGCUUUAUGGCCAUUCAAAAUGAAUGAACAUCCUAAAAAGAGGAAAAGGAAGACUCUACAUCCUUCUCGAUAUUCAGAUUCUUCGGGUGCAACCAAAUACAUAGACAACAGUGGCAUUUUUUCUGACCACUGCUAUAGUGUCUGUUCUAUAAAACAGCCAGAUAUAAAGUUUUCUGAAAACAGAGGUAGAUUCCACAGUCCGGCGCAGAGUGUGGACACAGAUGAUGAUGGGAGUCCAGUGCAUGCUGGGACUUCUCAAUGGAGUGGGUCACAUCCAAAUGUGGGGUUCCACUAUACAGACCCUAAAAAGAAGGAUAAAGAUAAAGGUACUAAUAAUGGAAUGUGCAGAGACUUAUGUGAUUCACCUAUAUUCAGUGACAGCCCUACAGAUGAAGAGAAACCUCUAGAUAUUCAAACUGUAGAAAUUUCUACAACAGAAGUGAAUGCUGUAGAAGUUCAUGAUAUAGAAACACAAACUGUGUCACCUGAAAAACUAGAAGCUGAGGACCUAGAGGAGAUCCCUCUGGAAACCUGUAAAAUAUUUGAGAAGAACCAGGCUUUGAAUAUCACAGCUCAACAGAAAUGGCCUUUACUGAGAGCCAACAGCAGUGGCUUAUAUAAAUGUGAGCUCUGUGAGUUUAACAGCAAGUAUUUCUCUGAUUUAAAGCAGCACAUGAUCCUAAAGCAUAAGACAUGUACAGACACUCAUGUCUGUAAAGUUUGUAAAGAAAGCUUCUCCAGCAAAGUGCAGCUCAUUGAACAUGUAAAACUCCACGAGGAGGAUCCAUACAUCUGUAAAUAUUGUGAUUACAAAACAGUGAUAUUUGAGAAUCUGAGUCAGCACAUCGCAGACACUCACUUCAGUGAUCACCUUUAUUGGUGUGAGCAGUGUGACAUGCAGUUCUCCUCAAGCAGUGAGUUGUACCUGCACUUCCAGGAGCACAGCUGUGACGAGCAGUAUUUGUGUCAAUUCUGUGAGCAUGAAACAAAUGACCCGGAAGAUCUGCAUAGCCAUGUGGUGAAUGAACAUGCAUGUCGACUGAUAGAGUUAAGUGACAGCUAUAAUAACAAGGAGCGUGGGCAGUACAGCCUCAUAAACAAAAUCAGUUUUGACAAAUGCAAGAACUUUUUUGUAUGCCAAGUGUGUGGCUUUAGGAGCAGGCUGCAUACCAAUGUCAAUAGACACGUAGCUAUUGAACACACCAAAAUAUUCCCUCAUGUUUGUGAUGACUGUGGGAAGGGCUUUUCAGGUAUGUUGGAAUAUUGCAAGCAUUUAAGCACUCAUUUAUCUGAAGGGAUUUAUUUGUGUCAAUACUGUGAAUAUUCAACAGGACAGAUUGAAGACCUCAAAACUCAUUUGGAUUUCAGGCAUUCAGCAGAUUUGCCCCAUAAAUGUACUGAUUGUUUAAUGAGGUUUGGAAAUGAAAAAGAUCUCUUAAGUCAUCUUCAGAUACAUGAGACAGUGUAAUUGCUGUCUUUCCCUGUAAUCAGUUUUUUAGGACUGAGAUUAAUUUCUAGUCACUGAAAUAUUAUAUUAAAUACAAUUUUAACAGCA